AUGCCGCUGCUCCUGGAGGGGCGGCCGCCGCCCCCUCCCCCGCCGCCGCCGCCGCCGCCGCCCCCGCCGAGCGGGGCCCAGCUGCUCAAAGCGGCGCUGGAGCAGCCCGUCCCUGGACGCCAGGACGACAUUCGGGAGUUGCUGAGGCGCCGCAGGGCCAGCUUCAGUGAGCACUUAAAGUGGAUCCUUUUCAAUAAUCCUGUGCCUUCCUUAAUUCAGAAGGGCCCACAGUGUGGUCUGGUAGCCCUCUGGAUGGCAGGAGCCCUGCUCUACCCGCCAAAGAUGCCUUCCCCGGAGGAAAUUGUGCAGGUAGCUUUGGAUAGAGGUUACACCGCCCAAGGGGAAAUGUUUUCAGCUGCUGAUAUGGCCAGGCUGGCCGAGGAAGUGCUCCCCUGCCAAGCAGAGCUCCUGUCUGGAGGCCUGGAAGGACAAAACCGCGAGAGGCUCCUUCAGCAUCUCCUUGCCGGCCUCCCUCUGUUGAUACCAUAUGACGAGGAUUCCAACCAUGAACCAUGCCUCCGGCGCGGUUACAAAGCUCACUGGGCUGUGGUCUCAGGAGCUCUGCUAGGAGUGAAGGGAGACCCCCAGUUGCCAGCCUACCAGGAAGACAAGGAAAUGCCCAGAUUCUUUUAUGCCACCCCUUCUUGUGCCCUGUUUCCCCUGGGGGCUGUGGCUGAGGUAUACCUGCUUUCCAAACAGGGCAAGAGCUGCCGCUACCAGCUGUGGAACUACCAGCAGGUACAAGAGAGCAACGCACAGCUGACAGACUUCAGCCCCCGUCGGGCAGCUGACGGCAAGGUCUACAUUGUGCCUGCAGAGGGGGUGCGGGGGGGGCUGUGUGGCAAAGCUGUGCUGCUGCGUCCUGUCCCUGCCCACCAGCUGCCUGAGAAAUGAGGUUGUUGUCUGAAGAGAAGAGACUUGGGACAGUUGCUGAAAGGAAUGGAGCAGGCUGAUGGGCCACGAUCCCUCAUGGGAAGGGUCACUUACAGGGAAGUGGGCAGGGGUUGCUCAGGAGCAGAAUGUAAUGUUGAUCACAUGGUUAUCUCAUCCUUCCAACAAAUCCAAUGCCUUUAUUCUGCUGUGUCUUCACAACAGCCUUUUGAGGUGGGCUGGCACAACUGGGAGUUUUAUUUUUUUCUAAUAAGCACAGCAGUUGGCUUCCCUUGCCUGAGUGAAAACAGGAUGGCAUAUUUUUUGCUUGCAGCAGUGAACGGCUUCCCUUGAGUUGCCCAUGUGGCUGCUUGCAGCCUCACAAGAAAACUACCUGCAUGGUCAUGUUUUGGAAAUGCCUUCCAUUCUGGACACAGAAUAUUCUCCCUUGUCUUAGGCGGCCACUCCUUUCUAUUCCAGCUCUGCUCCUUUCCAGCUGGGCAAGGGCAGGGCCAUGUGUACCUCAGGAAGGCCCCUGGCUCUUGCUACAAAUGGCCCUGAUGGCAGGUUGGAAGCAGUAGACCACCUACUGGGCAGCAUGGCCAGAAUAGGAACCUGGUAGAGGGUGUAUGUGUGUGUGUCUGGGAUUUCCUUGAUGCCACUCAUUCCCUGGAGGAAAGAAAGAGUCCUGAAAGCAACCAAGCUCUGGCCAGUGGUCCGAUGGUGGUGGUUUGUAGAGGCAGGUUGGGUCCUUUGCUGCACAUUGACCCCAACUGAGGUCAGGCCUUUGGCAUACAAACCCAGAUUUCCUGAUGGGCAAAUGGUUGGGCUGCUGUUCUGCCAUCACAGCUAUCCUACAUCUGUGGAAUGCACUACUUCAGAGUGUGGUGGAGUCUCCUUCUUUGGAGGUUUUUAGAGGCUGAAUGGCCAUCUGUCAGGAGUGCUUUGAUUGUGUGUUCCUGGAUGACCCUUGGGGUCUCUUCCAAGUAUGAUUCUCAUGCAAAUAUAGUAAUACAUAAUUGCAUAUAGGGCAUAGCAUAAGUUAAUUGUGGGACUAAGGAAGGAUUCCCACUCCUUUGCUUUUCAUUUUAGCAUUAGAGCCUUUAGCCAAUAAGAUCUAAUCAAGAUAUUAGAGGAGUUAAAUGUAGAAGGGAAAGUAUCUUCUAACAUGUAUGCAGAUAAUAUGUUAAUAUCUAUAAAUGAUUUAACAGCAGCUUUAAAACCCUUCAAGGAGGAACUUCUAAAAUGUAGUGAGGUUUAAACUUUUCAAAAUAUUUCGCCAGCAGUACAGUUAGAAGCUUCUCAUAAUUUAGGAAUUCCAUUGGUACAUAAAAGUUUUAAAUAUCUAUUAAAUUAUAUCUGUUAAAAGUCUAUUACAAAAAAAUUAAAUAAAAUAUCAAUAUAAUUUAAAAAUAUUAUAGAAAGUUAAAAUUGAAAAUGAAAAGAUGGGGUAAACAGAACAUAGUAUCUGUGUGACUAGCAAUGGUUAAAAUGUUGGUAAUCGCUAAAUUAUCAUAGUCUAUGUGUUGCUGGCGCACAUUCUGAGAAGACUUUAAGACACUGGCAACUGCAAAUAGAUUUGUUUUUAAAUCUAAGAAAUUGAGAACAGCAAAAACUUUAAGAUAUCACCCUAUUGGAGAAAGAGGUUGGGCUAUUCCAAAUAUUUGCUGAAUUGCAAUGAUUAUAAAUUAAGACAUUUAAUUCCUUAUUAUGUUAGAAAAAAAGGAAAUGGCAGGAUAUAGAGAGAGUUAAUUUGGAGGAAAUGCAGAAUAUCAGAUAUAUUAUGUGGGACUCUUUCAGACUUUAAAAUACAACUCAUUAUCAAACAUUCAUAGUUCAGUUCGGGUAUGGAAAAAAUGGAGAAGAGUUCUAUAUCUGAUUCUGCAUCAUCCAAAAUUUUGCUUAGUUAAAAAUUAUGGUCUUUGCCCAAAAGAGCCACUUUUUGAAAAGGUAUGUUUAAGAAGUGCAAAUAUAAUCUAAGAGAAAGAGGACCUAACUGGGUUUGGAAGUAACAUUCCUGUAGAAUGCAAUUGGAUACAGAUGAUCAAAUUUCAACUUGCAAAAAAAAAAAGAUUUCGAGACCAGAUGGAUAAACCCCUCACUAAAAGAAGAAGGGAAACUUGUUACAAAAAUAUGUAAGGUAUUAUUGAAUCACAAACAAAAGCCAUCCCAGUUUAUUAAAAAGAACUGGAAGAUAGCAUUAAAUACAACUAUAAAUGAUAAUGCAUGAAAUAGAAUAUUUCAGCAAACUCCAGUCAAGUCAGUUUUGAGAAAUGUACAAUGGUUUUAUACCCUGGUUGGGAUUUAUAUAAUGAAGGUUGGAAAUAAAAAUUCUUGGAAAAGUUGUGGGGAAUUGGGUACAUUUUCGCAUGAUAGUAAAGAUUUGGGAAUCUGUUUUUGCUGACAUUAGUAGGAUUAUAAAAGAACAGUUAGAACCAGUGAUUGAAUUAGCUCUGUUAAACUUAUUUUCUGAUGCUAAUGUAGAUUGUAACCAAAAAAAUGCUUAUAAGUUUUUCUUGUAGUAUUGGCCAGAAUGGUUGUUGCUGCAAGCUGGAAGAUUAAUAUUAGGAAUUUCAUAGUGUUGGAAAAACUAAUAAUGUUGGGAUGAUAAAAGGAAGAUGAUUUUAGGAGAAUUUGGAAUAAUCUUGCAAGAUAUUUAAUGGAAUUUCCAGAACUGAAAAUAUGUAAUAAUAUUUAAUAAGUUGAGAACCAGUCUUAAAUAAAGGGAUUUGGACAAAAAACAACAAAGGAA